AGACGACGCGAGACACUUGGGCUGAGCGCGCAGGCUGAGCUCCUUCUGCAAAGGUCAGCGGCGUGAGAUAGCAAGGUUCUCUGAAAUCCAGGAGCCAGCUGGUGUUCUCCAGAGGACAGUUCUGACCUGCUCCCCACCAGCCCCCACUCUUGUCUCAGGUCACCUUACCAUGUGGACUCUGUCCAUUCAGGCCAGGAUUGGAGUUUUAAAAUAAGAUGGAUGAUUUGGCGUUACUUGAUCUUCUGGAGUGUCCCGUGUGUUUUGAAAAGCUCGAUGUCACAGCCAAAGUCCUCCCCUGUCAGCACACCUUUUGUAAACCAUGUCUACAGAGAAUAUUCAAAGCACGCAAGGAACUGAGGUGCCCAGAAUGCAGGACCCUUGUCUUCUGUGGCAUUGAGGAACUCCCAGCCAACUUGCUCUUGGUUCGUCUCCUGGAUGGCGUCCGAUCAGGUCAGAGCAUGGUGAGAGUGGGCUCUAUCCGAAGACCAGGCGUGUUGACCUCUCAGGACCCAAGCAGGAAAACCAGGACAGAUCCCAGAGGUUCACAGCCUAGUCCAUAUCGGCUGACUCCCAAUGUCAGAAUCCACAUGGAUGGGGUGCCAAGAGCAAAAGCCCUAUGCAAUUACAGAGGGCAGAACCCAAGCGACCUGAGGUUCAACAAGGGAGAUAUCAUCCUCCUUCGAAGACAGCUUGAUGAGAACUGGUACCAAGGAGAGAUCAAUGGCAUCAGUGGGAUCUUCCCCACCAGUUCAGUAGAGGUCAUUAAGCAGCUUCCACAACCUCCCCCACUCUGUCGGGCUCUUUACAACUUUGACUUGAGAGAUAAGGACAAAAGUGAGAACCAAGACUGUCUGACUUUCCUCAAGGAUGAUGUUAUCACUGUGAUUAGCAGAGUUGAUGAGAACUGGGCGGAAGGCAAAUUAGGUGAUAAAGUCGGCAUCUUCCCCAUCUUGUUUGUAGAGCCAAACCUCACUGCAAGACAUCUGCUAGAGAAGGGCAAAAACCAUCGGUCAUCCCACAUAAAGAGCAUGUCCCUGAGAUCCUCUUCUCCUAGGAGCAAAGUGGCAGAAUCACCAGUCUUCAGUCGGGCCAUAGAAUCCAGGAGGAAGAACCCAAGACAAUUCUCUAUCAUGACAGCCUUGAACACCCUCAACAGAAUGGUCCAUUCACCCACAGGGCAACAGAUGGUGGAAAUCAGCUCCCCUGUGCUCAUCAGCUCCAGUAAUCCUUCUGUAGCAGCUCAGAAUUUUGAGAAGGUAGAGCUCCCACCUAACAGUCCUGUCCAGGAACAUCCUGCUGUGGUUCCAUGCUCUCUUGGGAAUCCACAGUGCCCUCUGCCUCAUCAGGUCAGCACUUAUUACAACACAUCUGGAUCCCUGGGACACUCUGCUGCAAUUGUCAACCUUCCCUAUUCCCAGCAACACAUAUCAGCUAACAUGUUUGUUGCUCUGCAUUCUUAUUCAGCCCACGGACCAGAUGAAUUAGAUCUUCAAAAAGGAGAAGGCAUCCGGGUCCUUGGAAAAUACCAGGAGGGCUGGCUUAAGGGUGUGUCCUUGGUCACUGGAAGAGUUGGGAUCUUCCCAAACAACUAUGUCGUUCCUAUUUUCAGGAAGACAUCUAGUUUUCCAGAUUCCAGGACUCCUGCUCUCUACGCCACGUGGACAUUAUCCACCUCUUCAGUUUCAUCCCAAGGGAGUAUCUCAGACAAUGAGCCCAGACAAGGCCAUUCCUUUAAAUCAGUCUUUGUGCCAACAGCUGUAGUCAGCCCAGUAAGAAACAUAGGUGGGCCAGGAGCCUUUGGACAAACUUCUCUUCGGAAAGUACGGAGCAGCAUGAGAAAAAAUGGAUCACUUCAGAGACCAUCCCUGUCUGGGUCCCCAAACCCCAUUGUUGGCUCCCUCCGGCGGACCCCAACAGUUUCGGUUCGAACCCAUCCAUUCCCAUCUUACCAGUCAAAAUCCGCUCCUCUGCCACCUCCAACUGCCACUGUGAUUGAGGUUAGCACAAGGCCUUCUCCAACCAGUGAGCCUGCCAUUAUUUUUGGAAACAGAGGCACUGAUAGCAGGAUCCAUUCAGCUGCCAGCUCCAUCAUUGUGGAAACCAAAGAAGCCCCCAUCAAGAGCGAACCUCCCAUAAAGCCACCUGCAUCGGCUCCACCAUCCAUCCUAGUGAAACCAGAGAACUCCAAAGCCGGCACUGAAAAGCAAGUCAAAACGGUGAGAUUUCAGAACUACAGCCCUCCUCCACCCAAACACCACAGCUUCCAUUCUACCUCUGGCAAACCUGAGCCAGGGGCCACCUCCAAAGCAUCCCAGGCAGAAACAGGUCCUUUGUGCCAAGAGAUGACAACUUUAUUUGUCCAUCGAAGUGGCUCCCAUUCUGGGCAACAGACAGACCACAGGAGAAAACCAAAGUAUUCAAAGCCCAUGCCUCCAAUACUCCCUGCCUCUGACUUAGCCAUCAUACCCAGCAAGUGAAUCUCUGGUACGGCUAUUCCUAAAGCCAAAAGAGGUCCUGUGACUUUAUUCUUCCUGGGAUAAAUUAAGUAAGGAGUUGGACACUGAAGAUGAAUAUCUGUUUAUCUGAAGAAUGCUCAAUGGAAAAAUCUGCAAUUGGUGUGAAAUCAUUUUAACAUUAGGAAUGCCACGGGUAUAUCACUGGGUUGGCGUAAUAUGAGAAGCAAUGGAACUGAAAACCCAUCUCUAGUCAUCUACAGUAUUAAUAGGCAGUGGGCCAGCAUGUGAAACCUGAGAUUCAUGGACUGGCACAGGUUACACAUAGUUGGCUUCCCUCCAGGGGCAUGAAACCCCAAAUAUUCAUUCACAGCUCUUUU